AUGGUCGAGACGGCAAGCAAUUUCCUGCUGUCCAGCAGCACCUCGGACUCGUCGCUCUCAGUCCAGCUGCACCCACUGGUCCUUCUCACCAUCUCGGACUACAUAACGCGCCACUCUAUGCGCAAGCAGCCAGGCCCAAUCGUUGGUGCGAUCAUCGGUCAGCAAAUUGGCCGUACAAUCACCAUGGAGCAGGCCUUCCAGUGCAAGACCAAGGAAGAUGGCGACAAAGUUCUGGACGUUCACAAGGCACCUCCUCUCGAUCUGGUUGCCAUCUUCACACUCGCUCCUCCCUCAGGGCCUCUGCCCGAUCAUGUGCCCAUCCUCCAACAACUCCAGCACUCGUACAAUGAAUCCCUCAUGCUCCUUCUCUUCCACCCUCAGACCAUCCUUGACGGCUCCCUCGCCGGCGGAAAGCUUCCCAUCUCAAUCUACGAAUCAUACUACGAGCCUGGCAGUGAGAACGCAGACAAAGGUCUGCAGGUCGAUGGAUGGGGCAUGGGUCGCCAAUUGCAGAUGCGCUUCCGUCAAUUGCCCUUCGAAGUCGAGACUGGAGAGGCAGAGAUGAUCGCUGUCGACUUUGUCGCAAAGAGUAGUGGAUCCGCUGCUCAGAACUCUGCUACUCCUCCCAAGGGCAAGUCUCGCUCCGAAGGCAGUGCCACGAACGACACUCCUGCCAAUAACGAUNUCAUCUCGUCUCUCACUGCCAAGUACAACGCCAUCAAGAUGCUGCACCAACGCAUCAACCUCAUCAAGGCCUAUCUAGCCGAACUACCACAAUCAUACCUGACCGACGCCUCUAUCUCCGCCACCUCUAGCGACCCUCCUCUCAACCACCAACUCUUGCGCGAAAUCUCCUCCAUGCUCUCUCGCUUGCCUUUACUCGCCCCUCCUGUCUCUCAAUCCUCCACUAUCAUCUCUGUACCAGGCAUGCCUCAGUCUUCACUUGCAACAGCCGCCUCACAGGAACAGUCAGAUGUACACAUGGUAUCCUUGCUCGCCUCCCUCACUCGUACAGUAGCCCAAGCCAAGGACAUGGGCUCAAAGUAUUCGAUUGUGCAAAAGGCAAAGACGGACAAGAGUCAUGCCGGCAUGAUGGGUGGACGUGGUGGUUUCGGCAACUAUGGCCCCGGACCUGGUGAGGAUCCUUGGGGCACUCCCAACGAGUCCAACGAUUACGGUAUCAACCUAUCAUGA